GCGCAAAGGACACCGCGCAUGUGGAGCGAAAGCUGCUGAAAACAGACUCUUCCUGUCAAAUAGUUUUAAUAGAUGUAAGGGAGCUGACCUUCUAUCAUUAAAGUUGCUAAAGAAAAAGGAACGUCCUGAUUGCUAACGUAAUGGCUACUCCGGCUAACCGGAUGUUUCGGAGGUUAGAGGGUCUGUUUUGUGUGUACAAACCGUCUGGAGUCCACUGGAAACUGGUUCGGGACAGCAUCGAGACCAAUCUUCUUAAAGGUUUAAACGCCGCACCGCGCCCCCCACUUCCGCAGGAGGUGCGCUUCUUGGCGCACCCUGUCAGUGAGACCGAAGCACCCAAGGGACUCACUCUGUCUGCGGCGACUGUGCCAGCCUUGGCCCAGCACCCUCUGGUGUCUGGACCUGAAUUCCAGCGUGUGCGAGUUGGAGUAGGACAUCGCCUGGACGCGUUCUCUUCGGGUGUUCUGGUUCUCGGUGUCGGGAAUGGGAACAAGGCUCUGAAUGAUCUCUACGGAACACGAGUCACAAGGGAUUACACAUUGGAGGGCGAAUUUGGGACGGCAACAGAUGAUUUCUCUCACAAAGGCAGCGUUGUGGAAAGGUCCACUUACGGUCACAUCACACAGGACAAGCUGGACAAAGUGUUAGCGAUGCUGGAGGGAGCCAAUCAAAAGGCAUUGUUGAUGUAUUCCAAAGUGGACAUGCGCUCACAGGAGGCCUAUGAGAUGGCUGUGCACGGGUUACUGGGCCCGGAGGGGAAAUCACAGCCUAUUUUGACCGGCUUGCGUUGCGUUCACUUCCAGCCCCCCAACUUUACUUUAGAGGUGCAGUGCUUGAAUGAAACUCAGCGAUAUUUGUGCAAAGUCGUGCAUGAAAUAGGACUCGAGCUGCGCAGCACUGCAGUGUGUAAAGGAGUUAGACGGACGAGAGACGGACCCUUCACCCUGCGGGAUGCUCUGAUCCAUCACCAGUGGACUGCUUCUGAUGUCACACAGGCCGUGAGACAAUACCACUCCUCAAAAAAAAAUACCAGGUAUUCUCAUAAACCGAUCCAGACGCCAGCAUGUCGACCCCCAGAAGAGAGUACGACAACAGCCAAUGAAAUGGAACUGGCGACAAAGCAGGAGAAGGUGCAGUGAAUGACUCGUCGCUGUGAGGAUCAGUUAAUGCAAGUCACAGACGUGCUCUGCGCCUGAACGUCAUGUGGAAGAGAGGCGGGAGGAACGCCAACCCUGCCUUCUAGAGGAGACUGUUAUAAAAUUGCACAGAACUCAAUAUUACAUUUUUUUUGUUUUAUCCGCUGGAUGCACAAAGACACUUUCUGCAUCUCAUAAGUGACUUUCAACUGAGUUACAGGUACAAUGUCCCGAUGUUGUGCAUGCAAUAAAAAAACAUAUUCCUAAAAUGACAUCUAGUUUGUUCUUUACUAAAUAAAGAAAUAAUUUGACAAACA